UUAUCAAUGUACUGAUACAUAAAUUCAAACUAAAGUGAUAAAAUUGAUAUCUUAUUGCACCAUUUUUUUCAGAUCUAAUCGAUGGCGAAUUUUCCUUCUCGCUUGCUCUCAAUCAACAACGAUGAGUCUUUCGUAGCUCCUCUCAAUGCUUCUACUCAAACUAGUGAAAAUGUCCAAAGGAUGGCGCAUGUGGAACGUCUUAUUGUUGAACUUCAAAUGUCUGAUCUCCGAGAAAACGCUCUUCAUGUACUCUCUAAGUGGACUGGGUUGUUCAAAGAACUUGCACCCCUAUUAUGGAAUUCCUUUGGCACUAUUGUGAUACUUUUACAGGAAAUACUUUCAAUAUUUCCUAAUAUUUCAAUGGAAAAUCUUACUGCUGCACAAUCAACUCGAGUGUGCAAUGUUCUUGCACUAUUUCAGUGUGUGGCAUCUCACUCUGAUACAAAGAUGUUAUUUAUCGAGGCUAAGAUACCUUUGUAUUUGUAUCCCUUUCUUCAAACAACAAACAAGUUGCCACAAUUUGAACAUUUGAGGCUUGCUAGUCUUGGAGUCAUUGGUGCACUUGUAAAGGUUAGCACUAAAGAAGUGAUAACUUUCCUUCUUUCAAGCGAGAUAAUUCCUUUGUGUUUGUGCAAUAUGAAAAUUGGAAAAGAAGUAUCAAAAAUGGUAGCAACAUUCAUAAUUCAAAAAGUUUUGGAAGAUGAUGAUGGCUUGGCUUAUAUCUGCGCUACAGUAGAACGAUUUUUUGCAGUAGCACGUGUUUUGGACAUGGUGUUGAAAAGUAUUGAGAAACAACAUGCACCUCGACUUUUGAAGCUCAUAAUCUCAUGUUAUUCUCGGCUAUCAGAUAAUCACAGAGCUGGAAUUGCACUAACAAGUUGUCUUCCAAAUGUUUUAACAAAUGACACUUUCAAUAAUUACCUUCGUGAAGAUCCAACAACUUGGAGGUUGGUGGAGCAUUUGUAUGAGAACAUAGGGAUGAAUCAUGUUCCAUUAGUACCAGGUGGAGAAUGAGUUAAUAAUGUUGUUGAAACAUCAUUGUUUUGAAAAUGAUAUGUCUUGUUAUGUUUUUUUGGGUUUGCAACACCAGAACUUUAUGACCAAAUUAUCUUUCUACUUGAAAACAUGAAUCAAAUCAAUAAUUGUUUAUGCAUUAAAAUGUAAUAAUCAUUUUGAAUUUAAACAUAUUUCUUGUUUGUUCUAAUAAGUUUAUAUGUGUGUGGUU